CCGCGGUAAAACCAUCAGAAGAAGAAGAAGAAGCAGCAGAAGAAAGGCAGUGUUAGCUACACUACUUGCAAGCACGUAAAAUAAGAAUACAAUACAAUACAAUUUUGGAAAAGCUUGAAUACAGAGAUGAGUAAAAGGAAAGCGCCACAGGAAUCCCCAAACGAGGGAAUAACAGACUUUCUUACCGAAUUGGCCAACUAUGAGAGGAAUGUCAACAGAGCUAUACACAAGUACAAUACCUACAGGAAAGCAGCUUCAGUGAUCUCCAAGUACCCCCAGAAGAUCAAAAAUGGGGAAGAGGCCAAGAAACUGGAUGGCGUUGGAAAAGAGAUCGCUAAGAAGAUAGAUGAGUUUUUACAAACAGGAACACUUAAGAAGUUAGAAAAGAUUCGUAAUGAUGACACCAGCUCCUCCAUCAAUUUCCUUACCAGAGUCACUGGUAUUGGUCCUGCUGCUGCCAGAAAGUUCUUUGAUGAGGGAGUGAAGACUCUGGAAGAUCUGAAGAAAAUCGAACACAAGCUCAAUCAUCAUCAGCAGAUUGGACUCAAGUACUUUGAGGAGUUUGAGAAGAGGAUUCCACGAACUGAGAUGACGAAGAUGGAGACUCUCAUUAUGCAGGAGCUGGAGUUGGUGGAUACUGAUUACAUUGGGACAAUCUGUGGAAGCUACAGGAGAGGUGCUGAAUCCAGUGGGGAUAUUGAUAUCUUACUGACCCACCCAAACUAUACCUCUGUGGAUGAGAAACAGCCCAAACUUCUCCAUGCCGUAGUGGAGCAUUUUGAAUCCAUUGGGUUCAUUACAGACACACUGUCCAAAGGAGACACCAAAUACAUGGGAGUCUGCCAGCUGCAGCGGAAUGAUGAAGACGAGGAGGAAUAUCUUCACAGACGCAUUGAUAUCAGGUUAAUUCCUAAGGACCAGUAUUACUGUGGUGUGCUGUAUUUCACUGGCAGUGACAUCUUCAAUAAGAACAUGAGAACUCACGCUCUGGAGAAAGGCUUCACCCUCAACGAGUACACCAUCCGUCCAGUGGGGGUCACUGGUAUGGCCGGGGAACCUCUGAUGGUGGACAGUGAGAAGGAUGUCUUUGACUACAUCCAAUGGAAAUACAGAGAGCCCAAAGAACGCAGCGAGUGAAAGAAGGGAUGAAAGACACUUUUUAUCCCCACGUGAUUUAACUGCCAACAAGGCUGAAAAUUGUGUAUGUUUGUGUUUAUCUAUGUGUCUUGCGUUUUCUUUUUAUUUUGGUGUCUGUUUUCCCAGGAGGUAAAAAUAGCACAACCUUGUUGGUCUUUUUGAAGUUGUUCUGAGGUUUCUCCCAUAGAUUGACAGAACAUGUCUACUUAAAAUAUACUUUCAAACACUCUAACUCUUGUGAUGUUCGUGAUCUGUUUUUUUUUUGACGACAUCACCAGAGAUUUCUACUCUCUGACAAUGCCAAGAUAGAAUUAUUUGUUUACGUUGCUGUCUGUCAGGAGAAUCAUCCAAAUAUAUUUUUAUUUUGCUAAAAUCAUUUGUGUAUCGAACAGCAACGCAGUCUGUUACUGCUUUGUCACUGUCUUGUUUGGCUAGCUAGGCAACAAUGUUACCUUGACUGCAGCAAUAGACUGGCUACCAGGCUAAAGCACAGGGCUACUGUUAUAACAAUACCAGAUCUUUUAGUAUGCCUGACUAGUCACUCCUGCAGCAUCUUUUGUACAUUGUUGUUUCCUUCACUCACUGUCAAGUUGUAUAUGUAUUAUGUCUGGGAGACAUGAAUCAUGCUUUUGAGAUGAAGUUACUUCCAAGAGGAAAACACUUGGAGUGAUUAAUGGAUAUUAUGUUACAUAUAGUUCUGUCUUUUUAGAACCAGAUGUACCCGUGAGCAGUUGGAGUCCAGAUUUUUUAAAUUAAUUUUAUGGGUGGAAAUGUAACACUGUUUGUAAUUGAGCUCUAUCCUCAUGAUUUCUAGGGAAUAAAUGGUGCCCAUAAACAUGUCGAGAUGGCCUAACAUUUGUACUAUUAUUCUGAGUAAAGCUGGACAUGGAGAGGUAAAGUAACUACCCUUGUGGAAUCCCCCCCCCCCCCCCCCAAACCUGAAGAUUUCCGAGAAAGGUGUUUUUGGUACUGCUAGCUAACAGCAUACUAUUCAUUUUGUGUUUUUAGUAACCCAUGUUAGAAAUCAAGAGAAUGGUGCAUGUGUUGUAUAUGUUAUGAUGAUGCUGUCACUAUAGGUAUAGAUACUUAGAUGUAUUUAAGUAAUGUGUUCCAUUGUUUAUAAUGAUGGGUGAGUGAAAUAAAGACAUUUACAGAAAAUGUA